AGCCUUUGUUCCAGUUUUUGUCGUGCGCGGCUUGACGUGAAUGAAAUUGCAGCAGGUCUGUGCAAAAAAAAAAAAAAGGUUUUUUUUUCUCCCGUCGACUUGGGAGCAUUAAUUCCCGUCAUUUCAGCCUCACGUUGUCUCUUGAAUGGAAAACAAAGGGAGGCAAAUGAACAUUUGAACUCCUGCAAAGAGAGAGAAAAAAAAAAAUUACAGACCCCCUUUCUGUUGUAUGUAAACCAAAACGAGCCAGCGUUUCCUGUUGUUGACAGCCUGCUACAGUUCCAGCACAAGGUGCAAUUAAGUCAUCUGUUUUUGUUUUUUAAAAAAAGAUUUACUGAAGCAUCUGCCGAUUUUUUGUGACAUUGCACUGAGUUUACAACAAAGUGGUGCCCUAUCCAGGAGGAGGAAGCACCCCCACCCCCCCCCGGCCCCCCCACCUUCCCCCCUCCCCUCCUUGAUUUUUUUUGUGGAGUUAUCGCACUUAUUCCUCAUGAACAUACAGAGGUCAAAUCCUAUUAACAUUUCACGUUAUGGGAGAUCGAGGCACAAAUCCCACGAUUUCGAAGAAUUGUCUUGUUUAAGGACUACAGAGUCGCACCAGAGUUUUAGUCCCAACCUCGGGUCCCCCAGCCCGCCGGAGACCCCGGACUCCUCGCACUGUAUCUCCCGCAUCGGGGACUACCUUUUGUUGGAACCACUGGAGGGAGACCACGUUUUCAGAGCCGCCCACCUGCACAGCGGGGAAGAGCUCGUAUGUAAGGUCUUUGACAUUGGCCGAUACCAGGAGUCACUGGCGGCCUACUUUGCCCUGGGCCAGCACCAGCAUAUUAAUCAAAUCCUGGAGAUCUUGCUCGGGGAGACUCGAGCUUAUGUGUUCUUUGAGAGAAGCUAUGGAGACAUGCACUCUUUUGUCCGCACCUGCAAGAAGUUGCGGGAGGACGAGGCUGCCAGACUCUUCUAUCAGAUAGCCUCGGCUGUGGCACAUUGCCACGACAACGGACUGGUCCUCCGUGACCUCAAACUGAGGAAGUUUGUCUUCAAGAAUGAGGACAGAAGCUUCGUGAAGCUGGAGAGCCUUGAGGACACUUAUAUCCUGGAUGGUCAUGAUGACUCCCUGUCAGACAAACAUGGCUGCCCAGCCUAUGUCAGCCCUGAGAUCCUCAAUGCCAACGGCAGCUAUUCGGGGAAGGCAGCUGAUGUGUGGAGUCUAGGCGUCAUGCUUUAUACCAUCCUCGUGGGGCGCUAUCCUUUCCAUGACGUUGAGCCUGGCUCUCUGUUCAGCAAAAUCCGCAGGGGCCACUUCAACAUCCCUGAGACGCUCACACCCAAGGCCAAGUGCCUGAUCCGCUCCAUCCUCCGCCGGGAACCCGCAGAGCGCCUCACCUCUCGGGAGAUUCUGGAGCACCCCUGGUUUUCCUCCUCUGGGGCACUAGGGGGCGCCGUGGUGCAUGGCAGAGGAGAAAGAGAGCAGGAGCAGAUGGUGCCUGAGGUGAACAUGGAAGAGGAGCUGGAGCAGUUCUUCAGCUGAGCAAACACCAAGCACAAACGGACGACUCCGCCACGGUCGGCUCGCCACGCUCACAGCAGAGCCAAAAACAGUAGUUUAGAGAUUAAUAGGUGAACAUUUGUCACUCAUAAUAAAGGUGUUUCCAUCUUGUUUCUUUUCCACCAUUUCAUGGAAAACCUUGAGCCUGGCAUGACAAAUGGCAUCUAUACGUCACCUGGCGAUGCACCUCCCUGUUCGGGGAGGUUGCCGCCAGACAUGCAAGUUGCAAACAAUGUAGCAAAUGUUCUUUUCGGAUCGGUUUGGUUUAAUGUGGUGCUCAUAAAAGUAGACACAUUCACCAUUUUUGACACUAUGGAAAGCAUGAAGGAACAUAAGAACACAGGAAACCAAGGAGAACAAUUCAAAACGAACUGACAAACUGCAACACCACACCUUUUCUUACAGAUUUUUUUUUUUUUUUUUUCAUAGCUCUAGGUGGUACCAAUCUAUACCGCAGACCCAGGGUCAGAAAUCACAGCCCCACGUUCUAUUGUAAAACAAAUAAAAGGUGGUUCAUCCCUGACCUGGGACCAUUGGUUAAUAAAUGGAGCAGCUUAGGCUUUAUUUUAUUUAAUUUUUUUCCGUCGUCAUCAACAUGCUUGACCUCGUCUUUUGUUUUCGCAUCUCUCAUUUUGUCUUUUGUUUUACAUCAGUAAGAAUUUGUAUGUUUCUGCCUCCUCAGUCUUUUAAGUCUUUACCACACUUUAUUCACCGUCACACAUGAAUUUCUUUUUCAGUAACCUUUCUUUUUUUUGUUUUUUUUAAGCUCUCUUCUGUUGUUACUGCUGCUUUAAUAUCACUCCCUUAAACCUCAGUCUUAAACCGUUUUUUCUUGGUAAGCCUCCAAACAUGGCAUCAUGCACUUGAUGUGUUAGGUGAAUGGACAAAUCCACCUUUUUAAAAUUAGCUUCCUAUUAUUUAAAUUCAUUCUUCAGUUGUAGAAACAAGAACGUAACAUUUAUUUAAAUUGUAACAGCUAUAUAUAUAUUAUAUUAUAUUAUAAAUAAAUAUAUAUAUUUAAAACUACAUUGCAGGGUUUUUCUUUAUUCAGAGAUUCCUUUUUCAUGUAUGAUGUAGGCAAUAUCUUGACACAGGACAGGCACAAAAAGGAAAAUGUCUGUCUGAAGUUUUAGAAUACACAAUAUCUUCUGUGCCAGUACUCUGGUGCCCCGACAGCCCAUGCCACCCAGUCUCCCUCAUUUCUUUUUAAAAACUUGAUACGAGAUAUUCAGUGAUAGUAUUGCUAUGACAUGCUCACUCCAGGACCUCAUGUUAGUUUUCUACUGCCUGCGUAGGUUCUGUGAAACGAUCAUGCUCGGAAUGGGUACCAGUGGACAUGUUUCGUCGUAUCUCAAUGUUACUUGAAUUUGUGUUUUUAACUAGUCAUUGGCAUGUGCCCCAUGAAUGCUAUAGCCUGCCUAGCGGGGUGGGGGUGGGGGAGGGGGUAAGGAGGGUGCUUGUUUUUUAAGAAAAGUAAAAAACAUGGAAAUUCUCAAUUUGCUACUUUUAUGAGUUGCUUUUCAUUAAAAAAAACAACUAUUGCUUUUGUUUUUGUAGACUGAGCUACCUUUUUAUUUAAGUUGGUGCUGAUUUGGUGCUAAUGUUUAGUCCUUUUUUGUUUUCAUGGAGGGGGGUGGUGCAUGGUGGGAUAUCUGCCUCAGAUGUUCUGAUUGUAUCGUAACAGAUUCUGGUGUUUUGUCCAAAUUUAUUCAGUAAAUAAAUUGUGAACUGCUA